UAAAAUGUUUCUAAUUGUAUAAUGUUCUUCUAGUUUUCAUGCAUACGCUGGCAUGCCUUUUCCUGCUUAAACCAAUCAUGCUGACAGUGCUGUCGGAAGAUACUGUGAAUGUAACAAAAUCAUCCAUCACAACAGCAUCAAAACUACCUUUUCGUGUAGAAUACGGCAAGAGAUUCGAUCAAUAUCUGUAUCCGAUAACCAUACACUGUUACGGUGCCAUAUUCGCUCAUUCAUUCGUUAUAAUUGCGACCGAUGCCUUGUACAGUAGUUUGAUCCAACACGCAUGCGGAAUGUUUUCAAUUGUUGGGUAAGAAUGAUCCAAUUAUACAGACUGAUGUUCAUAGUAAUGUCUUCUCUUUUUAACGGAAUCGGUGGCUUCAAAUGACUCUCGAAAUACGGUUGAUCAAAAGCGUCGUCUUUUUAGCGGCUUUGCAGAUAUGUGCUAGAAAAUGUGGGCAAGAAUGGCGACGUCAAUUUUGAUUUAAACUUAAAGAAAAUAAAGGACGACAAUUACAUGAAAGUUUUAGACUGCUUACGUAGACACCUACAUGUAAUAGAAUUCGCGGAACUAAUCGAGUCUCUAUACACGAAGAUAUUUUUGGUUAAUGUUAAUAUAAACAUGAUCGGUGGUAGUCUAGCUGGUAUACAAAUAUUGAUGAGUUUAGAAGGAAGUGCGAAGGAUAUUGCAGGGCCUGUCACUAUCUACAUUGCACAACUCCUUCAUCUGUUUUUGCAUUUUUGGCAAGCUCAAUUUCUGUUGGAUUACAGCGCUCUUCCUUACGAAUCUGUUUGCAGAGCAAAUUGGUAUUACACUUCGAAGCGAUGUCGGAAACUAUUUCUCUUGAUCAUGAAUAGAACGACAUUACCUUGUACAAUGACCGCUGGCAAACUCAUGACUCUGUCCAUCGAAAACUUCGGCGUGGUAAAUAAGACUGUAAUAAUCUUUAAUUUUUUUUACCGCUACAAUCACUGUUUACUGAGAUAAACAUUUUACUUUUUUAAAGGUUGUGAAAACUUCAUUGUCUUAUCUCGCAGUGUUCCGUUCUUUUCGACAAUAAUGGUAUAGUGCUACCGUUCGUUUCGUAUAUAUAUACUCUUAGUAAUAUUAUUUAAUAAAAUAAAAAAAUUUACUUAAGUUAAAAUAGAUUUCUUUCCUAAAAUAAGAUUCCAAUUUAAUGCUUUUUCUGUCCAAAAGUAUACAAGGUUUGUUAUGUGUUUGUUAAUGAUUCAGUUGAUUAAUAACCUGAUGUUGGAAAUAAUAAUUUUAAAAGUAGCGCAUAAUUGAGCUUGUAACGAGUAAGCACUUGCGAAAGCGUUUAUGUAGAGUUCCCUUCCAUGCGAGACAUGGCCAAGUUUAGACGUGAAUAGAAUAAAACAAUAUGUCCUUUUGAACUCAAGACUGUAAAAAUAAAAAAUUUUUAAGAACGAUUAAAAGCACAUAAAAGUACAAAUUUCAAUAUUUAAAAUGCUAUUUUAAUUCUCUGUCUACGAUGAUUUAUUGCCUCGUUACAGCGAUUUGAAAAUUGUCUUUUGAGCGUCUGAAAAAUGUUCCCUAUUUUUUGUGAAUUAAUGUAAUUGAAUUUUACGAAUUUUUAAAUCGAUGCUUUACCUGAAUAUCACACUAUUCAUACUUCAAUACUUGAACACAUUCCGAUAUCAGUAAUGAAAUCUAUUAUUUAUUCUAUUUUUCCAUUUUCUCUCUUAUUUUGUUCUUCAAUUCUUCAUAUAAAGCAUUUUGUUUUUCAAGAAUAGCUGUCUGAUGUGUUCGCUAGAAAUUGCACUCGAAAAAUGAUUCGAUCGAAAAAUGAUAAUAUACUGACAUAUACACAAAGAAGUCAAUUUUCAAAACGGGACAAUAAGAACUAUCUUUGAAAAUUCAGAAAGGGUCGUAACAUAAAGAAGUAAUUGCGCACUUAUAGCCUAGCGCCAAUUGCUGUUGCGUCUCUGCUGCGUCAAAAAGAAUUUAUAAGCAAGCUCCUGCAAUUUGCUGAACGGCGAACGUUCACAAAGGAAUCGCCUAUAGUUCGCUAUCUUAAUAUCUUGGAAAAUGACGGAUAAGAAACACAUUUGGCACAGUCGAUACUACAUGAUACUUCGAUUAUACCUGAGCAUAUCGGGUAUAUGGCCAUAUUAUAAUCUUCGCAAUAAAUGCGUACGCUUUGUGCCGAUGUUUACGCUCUGUAGUAGUAUUCUAAUACCACAGGUACAUAAAUAUCAGGAUUUGUUUUUGCAGGAAAAAUAACUUGAUACAGACGAUUUAGCGCUGUGAAACAUAUGAUUAUAAAAUUACGCAGUUUUAUUUCUUUAAAUGACAAGAACGUUUAUGUAGUAAUACCGUUACUUGCAAAAUUAAUAAAAUAUUUUUAAGCAUUUACACAGUUUUUUAAU